GGGCUGAUGUCUCACAUUCCGACGAUCCAUCCUUCUUCGUCCGCAGUAAUGCCCUCUGGCUUGAAGAUGGGAAUUUCGUGAUCUUAGUUCAGUCAACGGCUUUCCGUUUCUACGGAGGCCUUCUUAGUAUUCAUUCUCCUGUAUUCAGGGAUAUGUUCUCAUUGCCUCAGCCUCGCGGCGUAGAACGCUUUGACGGUUGCCCGUUCAUACGGUUAUAUGACUCUGCAGAGGAUUUCUCGUACUUCUUGCAAGUGCUCCUGGGAACAAUAAUCCUUGACGUAGAAACUACUCCCAUCCAUGCGAUCGCUGCCAUUCUGCGCAUCAGUACGAAGUACGAGGCUAGCAUGAUUCGCCAACGCUGCAUCAAAGUACUCGAACUCACAUACCCUUCCACCCUCGCCGGAUGGCUCCAAUCUCCAAGUUCUGAAGCGAUCGGUUCCUCCGAGGAACUUCACUUACGACAUUUCCACAUCGCCAAUCUUGCUCGGGAAACGAACGCGUUGAAUAUCCUUCCUGUUGCUCUACUCAUGUGUUGUAUGGGUACUCUCCCUGAUAUCAUGGAUGGUAUGGUAUUGCCAGAUGGGUAUCGCGUGGAACUCUGUCCAGAGAACAGACGAGCUGUUCUCAUCGGUAGACAGGCGCUUUCCCAUCUCGCGAGGACGGAGACUCACAAGAACCUGUUCUCUAUUAAUGACCUCCCGGAUGUAUCAAAUCUACAGCUUGCAGAGCUGAACGGAGUCGAAAAGCAGAAUGGUUACUGCAACAGUCCACAGAUGACUGGCUCAGUCCUUUGAUAUCCAAGUCUUAUACCGGUGUUCUAUGUACACCGUGCAGGACUGUGAUGAAGGAAGCCAUCAGAGAGGCACGCGUCAAAAUUUGGAACAAUCUUCCUGUCAUAUUCAAAUUGGGCGAGAGCUGGAACGACCUCGAACGAGCGACAUCGAAUCUCUGAGGUUUGUUGUAAUUGCUUCGUU